CGAAGUUCUCCUCCACUUCCGGUAACGUCUGCUCAAGAUGGAGACUGAUGUUGCCCUGCUCCUCGGCAUCAUUGUCGUUUUAAUUCUACUUUUGCUGAGCAUCCUCGCUUUUCUCGGGUACUGCGGUCUCUUCGCGCCAAUAGACAUUAAGGCCGAGAAGCCACCCUUCAAGGACCUCGAAGUGGCGUACAAGUUCUGCCGCGGAUCCUACAAGAACUCCGGUGCCCAUUUCACCGAAGUUCAUAGCAUCGCACCCUCGCUAAAAUGCAUCGGAGUCUACUAUGACGACCCGAACGAGGUAGAGACGUUGCACCUGCGGUACCUGGUAGGCGUGGUCCUCAAUGACACGGAGAGGCCGGCAACCAAGGAGGCGAAGCAGCAGCUGGAGUCGGAAGGCUACAAGACUGCCAGCUUCCCCGCAGUCGACCACGCAGUCACCACAGUGUUCCCCUUCCGCGGUUCCGUGUCCGUCAUGAUCGCGAUGGCCAGAGUCUACCCCAAGCUCCGAGAGUACAUUAAGGAGAAGCUGCUCUGCGCCCGGCCCCUGAUCGAGAUCUACGAAGGGGACCGAGUCGUGUUUGUCUGCCCCCUGGCCAAGCAAGACGAGUUCUACGUCGAGGAAACCUCGGAGGAGUUCGAUGAGGGCGCCACCUCGGGCACCACGACCGCCUCCGAGGACCCCGAAGACGAGGAGGACGACGAGGGCAAUGCCUCUCCGUCUCCCGCCGCCCACUCUCAGGCCUCGUCCUCCAACAACGGGGCCUCCACCGGGGCUCCCGAGGAGAGCGACCAUGAGCGGGGAUCCCGCAGCAGCACCACGUCUUCCUUCGAGGAGUUGCGUCUCGAGACGGCGUCCAACUGAGGCCCCCCUUCGACGCUUUCCCUUGUCCCUGUCCGUUUUCUCGUUUGUUUCUGGGGUCUUCGGUUCACCGUUCUACUGCCCGAUCUUGCUGACGUCGCCGCUCGAUCCCGACGGCCUGGGCUCGCGGAGCCGACGGUCGACUUAUUUUGCUCGCGGACACGAGGGACGCGCGCCUUUCUCCUGUUCAACAGGUGUGGCCGCUUUUGCCGUCUUUUGGCCACUGAGACGACGACGCUGAAGUAUCGACGGGCUCUCGUGCCUGCUGGGUAGAGCUGACCACGUGUUGCGCUAGUUGUGCUGGGCCGUAGCCGGCACGUCGGAGUUUGUGCUGUUCCUUGCCGCAUUACUGCUCCUUUCGUUUUCGAGUUAUUGGAGAACACUGGUUUGAUUGUAUUGACGGGAACAUGUUGGCCCGCAGGGGCCCUGUUACACGGUUGUCUGGAGCGCCUGUCUGAGAACCGUUUUUGUAAAGAACAGUAGCGAAUUCUUUUGUGCUGCAUUAUGUGCAAGCAACUAGCGAGGGCGAGCUUCUUCCCAGUACGCUGCAAGGUGCUUCUAUACUCCGUUCCAGCACGACUCGGAAAACGGCGACUGCCAUGGCCUCGCCGAGCAAAUUGGUGUGUCUGAAUGAGGCACGCUGUAAUGUGCCACUGAAGUGUGCCCCCUCCCCUGCAGAGAAGUCGCGACCUUCGCUGGGUCGCUCCAGUUGGUUCCCAGGGGCUACAACUUUUGCCCUUUGCAAGGUUAUGGUGAAAUGUAGUAGAGCAGAACCCAUUUUUGUGGAAGCAUUGUUUCUGUUAAUAGGGGGGACAUGUCUCAUCAAACGAAUCUUACAGCCUCUUCCUGCAAUGUUGGAAACUGAGGUGCAGCUGGUGGUGCGAGUUACUGUGACGGUGGCAUUGUGGUGGUGCAGUUUGGCACAGUACAUAGACAAUUGGUAAUCGACUUAAAACUCCGCGUGUGGUUUUGUCAAAUUCUGCUAAUAUAGCAGUUUCAUUUGUCCUGCGUGUAAGCUAUAAUCAGGAACAUUACAAGCUUUGCGAGGUCCUCUGUCCCGUUAUCAGCAUUAUAUAUCUAUCACUUCUCGCAAGUAUUAUUGUAAAACGCGGUACCUUUCAAACAUUCUUACGUCGGCAUUCUAAUAGUGGGUGUCUAUAUCACUUUAGUUGUGGAGAAUUUUUUUGGGACAGGACCUCAGUUAUCUAGUUUUCAGUGAAAGGUAAUUUAUGCACCGCUUUGAGAGUUUCUUAGGAGCAAGAUGUACAGGCCUCCUAAUGUUAAAAUGCAGGCCGGUACAUGGUCCUUCACAGUGUUGAGUGUAACUCUCGCUUACUGCACAUUGUAGACAAAAGUAGAGCUGUGUAGAGCCAAACUACUCUACGACUACCUCGUUAUCUUGCGAGCCUGUGGAAGGUCUUUGAUAAAAGUGCCAAGUAAUUGAAAGUACUCCCUGCACUUUCUUGACAAUAUGUGAACAUCCUACUGGAACCUGGUUUCAGAUGGUCGUGGCACUCCAUCGAUAAAGGAGCUAUGAGAAACCCAAGAAAAAUUUGUUUAAUAAAUUUUCCUUAUCGGGAUUGCCUACUAGGAAAGG